AUGCCCACAAUCAGUGUAGACAAAGCGGCCUUCUUCAAAGCUAUAGGCAAAGACUACACCAAAGCCGAGUUUGAAGACCUCUGUUUCGACUUCGGCAUCGAGCUCGACGAAGAUACAACCGACGACAAACGACCCAUGGUCGAUGGCGUCCAAGUGCCUCCCGAGCUCAAGAUUGAGAUCGGAGCGAAUCGAUAUGACAUGUUAUGUUUCGAAGGAAUCGCCAUGAACCUCAACGUCUUCUUGGGGCGACAAGAAAUGCCCAAGUACAGCCUGAGGAUGCCACCGGACGGCAAGUUGCAGACGGUGACGGUGAAGAAGGAGACUGAGCAGAUACGACCAUACUUCUCCGCAGCAAUCCUACGGAACAUCAAGUUCACAAAAGAGCGAUACGAGUCCUUUAUCGCUCUGCAAGACAAACUCCAUCAAAACCUCGCUCGACAACGAACCCUCGUGGCAAUCGGCACCCACGACCUCGACACCAUCCAAGGCCCCUUCACCUACGAAGCCCUUUCCCCCUCGGAAAUCAAGUUCGCCCCUCUCAACCAAACCAAACCCAUGACCGCCUCCGAAAUGAUGGACUUUUACGCCAAGGACAAACACCUCUCCCGCUACCUCCCCAUCAUCCGUGACAGCCCCGUCUACCCCAUAAUCUACGACGCGAACCGGCAAGUCCUGAGCAUGCCCCCGAUAAUCAACAGCAACCACUCCAAAAUCACUCUAGAAACGACCAACGUCUUCAUCGACAUCACCGCCACCGACAAAACGAAACUCGAACUCGUCAACCACACCCUCGUCGCCAUGUUCAGCCAAUACUGCUCCGACCCCUUCACCAUCGAACCCGUCCAAAUCAUAUCCGAACACAACAACCAAACCCGUCGCGUGCCCGACAUAACCCCGCGCCACAUGUCCGCCAGCACAACCUACAUCAACUCCAUCUGCGGCCUCUCCCACUCCCCCCCCGACCUCUGCACCCUCCUAAAACGCAUGUGCCUGCCCGCCAUCCCCUCCCCCACCUCCCCCGACGAAAAACUAGACGUCAGCAUCCCCAUCACCCGAGCCGAUAUCCUCCACCAAGCCGACAUAAUGGAAGACGUCGCCAUAGCCUACGGCUUCAACAACUUACCGCGGCAACUCAUCGCCUCGACCUCCUUCGUCGCCGCCCAGUUACCCAUAAGCAAACUCUCCGACAUCAUCCGCGAUGAAGCGCGCGCCUCUGGGUUCGUGGAAGUCAUGCCCCUGAUCCUCUGCUCGCACGCGGAAAACUACGCCCACCUCAACCGUCCCGACGACAACCUCGCCGUCCGGCUUCAAAACCCCAAAACAGCGGAAUACCAAAUCGUGCGCACGUCGCUGCUCCCGGGGCUGUUGAAGACUCUACGGGAGAAUAAACGGCAUGCGGUCCCUCUGAAGAUUUUCGAGGUGAGCGAUGUGGCGUUUAAGGAUGAGAGGUUGGAGAGGAAGUCCAGGAAUCAGAGGUUUUUUGCUGCCGCGUGGUAUGGGAAGUCUAGUGGGUUUGAGGUCGUGCAUGGGCUUGUGGGGAGGGUGAUGGGGAUGUUGAGGGCGGCUUUUAUUACGAGGGAGCAGGAGGGGGAGGAGGAGGAGGAGAAGGGGGUUGAGGGGGCUACUUAUUGGAUUGAGGGGGUGGAAGAACCUACAUACCUCCCUGGCCACGCAGCAGCCAUCUUCCUUCGUCUUGGUGGCGCGGGUGAGAAGGCAAAGCGGAUAGGGACGUUUGGGAUCUUGCAUCCGACUGUGCUGAAGCAUUUCCAACUUCCGUUCCCGGCUUCGACGCUGGAGAUGGAUGUGGAGGUUUUCUUGUGA